CAGGCUGCUGGAGUUAAUAAGAAAGGAACAGGAAAAAUAGAUGUUUCCCCAAAUCCAAACUCUUCCGUUCUUUCCUUCCCCAAAACCAUAACCUAUCUUCCCCACCUCCAACGCUCUCUCUCUCUCUCUCUCCUUUACACUCGAGACCUUCUCAUUUUCCUUCUUUUUCUCGCUAUCCAAGCACACCCGAAAUACUUUCACUUUACAUCGCAUCGCCAACAUAUUUUCGGACACACAGAGAGAGAAGGAGCUAACGAAGCAAAGAAGAUCAGACCUCUUUGGUUCCUAGUCGCGGCAUGGCUUGGAGGCGCCUAAUCACGCAGGCUUCAAGGCAUCAAUCAGAGUUAGGACAGUACAAAAGUUUGUUUGUCAGAACUUACUUUCCUGCUAGCAAGCUUGGAUGCGAUGCAGGGAGUGGGCUUUUAAAUGCUGAAAGAAGGUUUCAGUCGAGCUAUGCUGGUAACUUAGGUCGCAGUGUACGUGGUACAGAUGAAGCUAGUGAAGUUCCACAUCUUAAAGAACUUUAUCACCGAAAUGAUCCUGAAGCAGUAACAAGACUAUUUGAAAGUCAACCAUCAUUACAUAGCAACACCAAACCGCUUUCUGAAAUUGUCAGGGCAUUAGUCAGAGAGGACAGGCUGGAUGACAGUGAGUUGCUUAAGACCUUGCAGAGAGGCAUUGCUAAUUCUGCAAGGGAGGAAGAAAGCAUAGGAUGUCUUUCUGCUUUCAAGAAUAUGGGAAAAUCUGCAAAAGAUGGCGUUCUUGGAACUGCUAGUGCACCUAUUCAUAUGGUGGCUACAGAAGGAGGGCAUUUUAAAGAGCAGCUUUGGCGCACUAUUCGUACUAUUGCCCUGGCCUUUUUGUUGAUUUCUGGUGCAGGGGCACUUAUUGAGGACAGAGGAAUCAGUAAAGGACUUGGUCUACAUGAGGAGGUGCAACCUAGCAUGGAAUCUAACACCAAAUUUAGUGAUGUAAAGGGUGUUGAUGAGGCCAAGGCAGAGCUAGAAGAAAUUGUCCAUUAUCUUCGAGAUCCAAAGCGCUUCACUCGUCUAGGUGGUAAGCUCCCAAAAGGUGUUCUACUUGUUGGCCCACCUGGCACCGGCAAGACUAUGUUAGCCAGAGCAAUUGCUGGUGAAGCUGGGGUUCCUUUCUUCUCAUGCAGUGGGAGUGAGUUUGAGGAGAUGUUUGUUGGAGUCGGAGCCCGGAGGGUGAGGGAUCUUUUUUCUGCUGCAAAGAAACGGUCACCCUGUAUAAUAUUUAUUGAUGAGAUAGAUGCUAUUGGGGGAAGCCGUAACCCAAAGGAUCAGCAGUACAUGAAGAUGACUUUGAACCAAUUGCUCGUUGAAUUGGAUGGCUUUAAGCAAAACGAAGGGAUUAUUGUAAUUGCAGCAACAAAUUUUCCAGAAUCACUGGACAAGGCCCUGGUGAGACCUGGACGGUUUGAUCGCCACAUUGUUGUUCCUAAUCCAGAUGUAGAAGGAAGGAGACAGAUCAUGGAAUCCCACAUGUCAAAGGUCUUGAGGGCAGAUGAUGUUGAUUUGAUGAUCAUUGCUAGAGGGACUCCUGGGUUCUCAGGUGCUGAUCUUGCAAACUUGGUCAAUAUUGCUGCUCUCAAGGCUGCAAUGGAUGGUGCUAAAGCAGUGACAAUGGCUGAUCUAGAGUAUGCAAAGGAUAAGAUAAUGAUGGGAAGUGAACGCAAGUCAGCCGUAAUUUCUGACGAGUCGCGAAGGCUAACAGCUUUUCAUGAGGGUGGGCAUGCCCUUGUGGCCAUUCAUACUGAUGGAGCUCUCCCAGUUCAUAAGGCAACAAUAGUUCCCAGAGGUAUGUCACUUGGCAUGGUUGCCCAAUUGCCUGACAAGGAUGAGACGAGUAUAUCCCGCAAACAGAUGCUUGCCAUGCUUGAUGUAUGCAUGGGAGGGCGAGUUGCAGAGGAGCUGAUUUUUGGAGAAAACGAAGUUACUUCUGGGGCAUCUUCUGAUCUGCAACAAGCCACUAAUCUUGCAAAAGCAAUGAUUAGCAAGUAUGGCAUGAGUAAAGAAGUUGGGGUUGUCACCCACAAUUAUGAUGACAAUGGAAAGAGCAUGAGCACUGAGACUAGACUACUUAUUGAGAAAGAAGUGAAGAAUUUCCUGGAAAGGGCUUACAACAAUGCAAAAACCAUCCUCACGACCCAUAGCAAGGAGCAUCAUGCACUUGCUAAUGCUUUGCUUGAGCAUGAAACACUCACAGGAAGUCAAAUCAAGGCUCUGCUUGCCCAUGUGAAUUCACAGCAACAACAACAGCAGCAUCAGCAGAAAGUUGCAUCGCAGGGCAGUUCACAGUCUAACCCAGUACCUCCAUCUACUCCUAAUCCAGCUGCAUCUGCAGCUGCUGCAGCAGCAGCGGCUGCUGCCGCAGCAACUGCAGCAGCUAAAGCUAAAGGCAUUGCCCCCGUUGGGUCUUAGCAGAAAGGUGAGGCUGCUAGCCAAUUGGCCAUUUAUUCAAUUAAAUGUGAAUAUAGUGAUUUGAAUCGACUUACAAGCUGUUAUGUGCUCAAGUAAUUCCAAAGAGUUUCUAUUACGCAACUAUGCGAGUCGUGAGAUUGACUACAGGCUUUAGAAUUAAAAACAGUAACAUGACCAUGUCAAUUGUAGCUGGCAUUAGAGUGCAUUGCUGUCCAUCCAAUGGCUGGCUUUUUUCUUUUUUAGUUUCAUUUUUUUUUCCUUGUUAGUUCUCAUGAUUUUGUUUAUACGGUUGCAAUAAUAUUCCCCCUUAAGGAUAAAUUGCUGAAGGCAUUCUCCAA